ACACCACAUCCAACCGCCACAUUGUCCCACCGCAUCCAGACCGUCGCCGCAUAAUCCACGACGACUGCCAUCUGUUCCGACUCUAUCCCAUCGGUACCGACACCAUGGCCGCGCCGACGGAGGCGCAGCUCGCGCACCAGCAGCUCAUCGAGCAGCUCGACAUCCACUCCAUCCACAAGCACUUCCGCAACCCCAACUGGCGGCCCAACCAGCGCCGCAACAAGAACCUCAAGGCCAUCGUCGGCGACGCCUCGAGGAGGGAGGCCUCGGCGCUCGCCACCCCGCAGGACGUCUCCGGCAACGCCACGCCCGCCGCCGACGACGGCCUCUCCACGAGCGGCACCUCGACGCCGGCGCUGAGCUCCAACGACAAUGUCAACGGCAGCAACCCACCCAAUCUGGCGCAGGCGUCGCGCAGCCUCUCCAAGCUGGUGCUGGAGAAGAGCCUCAAGAACGGUGGCGCCGCUGCCGCCGCCGCCGUCGCCGUCCCUGGAGGACUGGCCGUGUCCGCCCCGAGCGCGACGUACACCAACAUCGAGUCGGCGCCGUCGCUGGCGCACUCGAAGCACUACUGCGACGUCACCGGCCUGCCGGCGCCCUACCUCGACCCGAAGACGCGGAUGCGGUACCACAACAAGGAGGUGUUUGGGCUGAUCCGGUCGCUGCCGCAGUCGUCUGCCGAGAUGUUCCUCGAGGCACGCAGCGCGCACACGGUCCUGAAAUGAUCCAAGUCCCCGGCCGUCAUGAUCACACGGAAUGGAUACGACGGACAGGCACGGGGAGACACAGUGACGACACAUGGUCAAAGUACAGAGUCUGCCAGCAGCAGAUCACGGAGAAUCAUGCUGCUGCUCCAUGCUACGGGACGUUCACGAGGAGAAAAAUUGUCCGACCAACAAAGUCAAGCCCCAACUAUGCACCUUGAGCCUUUCGGCAGAGGGAUGGCAAUUGACGCUCCGGCUUAAUCGUGAUCGAGGAGGUUUGCUCUCUGCCAGGUCGACAGAGUACCGAGAGCGUACGGAGGACGAAUCUCAGUUGCCAAAGCGCGGAGCUUGUGGCCGUCGUGGCAAUGUAAUAUAGAAUGGCAGACGGAUAUCUGGACUCGCUUCUACGAGCGAGCAAUGCAAAGCGUUUUUUUUUGUUUGCCUCUCAUGGCGUGCUUUGAUGAGCACGCACACACGCUUCGCGCCUUGAAACAAGUCCUAC